UUUGCUGAGUAUAAAAGAAAGUGUGACUGCAAAGUUAACUUAAAUCAAAUAAUUACAGAAUUGGCAGAUUUUUACAGAAUAGAAGCAAUGGAGAGAACGACAAUUUACUGUAUAGUUUACAUUACUCUGCUAACGGUAACAACUCCGGCACUAUGUCUUCUCACGGAGUCAAAGGACGAACAACAUGACAACCAGAAAAGAUUUGCUGUCGCUGCUCUCCCACUGUAUGCUGGGGUCGCAGUUUCACCGUGGGUUUGGGCGGCGCUUAUUGCGGCUUACGGUGCAGCAGCACUCUACGAAUAUUCCGUCUCAAAAACUUCAUCUGACAGUCACUCCUGCGCAAACAACAGAGGAUGGUGUAGAGGUACAUGCUUCAGCCAUGAAUACAUUGACAAUUACAAUAGCCCCGUAUGUGGAAAUUAUCAUUGCUGCAGACCUAGAAAUUAAGAUUAAUUCGACGUUAUUUGUAUUUGUUUUCAAAUAAACAAGAAUAAAUAAAAUAAAUGCUUGUUUUAGAAAAUUAUCAACGGACCUUUACUCAUGUUUUAUUUGCGACUAGGAAUUCAAUUGAAAAUUGUUUAUCGAUUACCCGUUUUAUGCCUUGUAUUUCGUUUCAAUAAGGCAUGAAUUGAAGGGUUGAUUAGUUGAUAACCUUCCAUAUGUUGCUAAUACCUAAUUUUAGCAAGAUUGUGCCAUAUUGACUAUAUAAAAUUAAGUAUACAUGCUCAUAGUUUUUGCCAUUGAUAUUGUUUGCACAUAAUUUGCUUAUUCGGUACAAUUCUAGUCAUUAUGAUAUCUGUUGCUGAUAUUCCACUAAGUUGUACUUGUCGGCAUUUUGCCAUGUUAAUACUCUCUGUUUAUUUAUUUGUAUUAUAUAUUUGUACUGGUUAUUGUUUAAACAUUUUGCCAUGCUGCUCUCCUAUCUGUGGAGGUAAUAAAGAAUUUAUCUAUCCGCCAUUAAACAGAUCAAAGCUAAGUAACAGUUUGGAAUUUGGAACUUUUGUACAAGAGUUCAUUAUUUUCAAAAUGAUACACAAUUAGUUUGUCUUUGUUGACAUAUUUUGACAUUAUGACCAAAAACUACGUAUUUGUAACAACCCCUAUAAUGUAGUCCUCGAAUAAGUCCGAAGUUUAUAUAUAUUCUCAUUUUAUGCAAGUUAAUGAAACACUUUUGUCAAUGAAAUAAAUUCUACAUUAACA